UGAAGUAAACUGGACCAGUUUAAGAGGCUCCACAUCAUGGCACUCCCCAUGGAUUACCUGACUUUGGCUUUUUUACCAACAACCAUCCAUCUAGCUGACGCUCAACUAUGUGUCUAGAAUGCUACUUUAGUAGCUCCUAGGUCACCAACUAUCUCAGAUAGUGUUAGAAAAGUGUGAAGUGUUACAUUUUUAAACCUUGACAAGGGAAGAAUAAGUAUUUGAGGCCAUGGGGAACUCAGAGAGUGUAUGGUGGAUUGUAGUGGAGUGCGCCUGCAGGAUCCUCGGUGUUUCCACAGCAACAGUGUUGUGCGCUGUGGGAGUAGAGACCCUGCAACAGGGAGAAUUCAACAGCCUCGGCAUCUACUUAAUGGUGUCAUCUCUUGCCAUCAUGAUGUUUGAGCUGGCCUAUUUCCUGCAUGCUCUCCUGUCUAUGUGUCUGCCCUGUCCUCCAGACUGGCAGCUGUUCGUGUUGUGGGGGAAGAUGGCUCAUAUUGGAGGCUUCCACAAGUUCCUCUAUUACUCCAUCAUGUCAGUGGUCUGCUUCUUGCACCCUGUGUUGGUGUGGCAUGCAAUUAUCCCAGGGACAAUGCUUCUGGUGACAGCCUUUUUCUACUUCAUACUCAGCAAGAAAACAAAGGCCACGUCUCCCAAAAGGCCACAGGAGAGCUACGGCGAUCAAGGCCCGACCACUGUCUGCGUGACGGAGAGAGCAGGCUCGGAGAGCAGCGUUUCAUUCUUCCACAUGAUGACAGGAAGGAGAGGAGGGGGACUGGUUCUCGCAGCCAGAGACCGCUGCCUCAGCCUGGGAGAGAGAGGAGAGAGCGUCCAGGCUAUGCUGGAGCUGGAGCAGACAGCAGCAGCUAAAGACACAGACAGGGGGAGGAGGGGGAGGAAAGAGAGGAGGCUGAUCAGCCUCAGAGAUAGGGAGGAGCCUGUGGAGGGAGAGAUGGAGGAGAUGGACGGCUUCUGUGAGCCGGAGCCAGACACCACCUCAGACACUGCACCUAUGAUUACUGACUGAACGUCCCUCUGCGCUCAGACUGAGCUGCUUACUGAUAUCACAUGAUGGAGAGCAUGGGUAAUUUAGUCAUACUGACUGUGUGCAAGCAGCUGGUGCUGCACUGUGGCUGUCUUUCAUUUAGCUGAAAAUACCAAUAUAAAA